ACUGGAAAGAGAAAAGCUGAUAACUUAGGUGAAAUACCAAAUCCUACUACAAAGAAACCAAAAACUUGUUCCAGUAAUGAGAAAACAAAGAAGAAAACACAAAACCUAAAUAAGGAUUUAAAUGAGUUUGAAUUUGUAAAGUCACAAUAUCCUGUUAAGAAGUCUGUCCCUGCUAAGCCUAAGGAAAAAUUGAUUUCUAAAUCUUCUGGUGCUCCAGACCUACUCUGUAGUAUUCAGGAGAAAAAAAUUGCACAAUCCCAGUCAGUUCAAGCUCCAAGCCCAGAGCCACAGGCAGAACCUGAACAGCAAGAGAACUCGGAGCUGACUACCGAUGACAAAUGGGACAUAACUUCAAUUAUAUCAACAUGUAAUAAUGACAGUGUCAGUGAAACUUACACAGAUGAUGAAAUAUUCAGAGUUGGCAUGGAUGGUACAAAGAGUAAACCACAGGAAAAACAUGCCUCCAAAAAAAAUAAAAAUGAACCAAUAAAAAAUGUUGCCAAUAAACCUGAAACCAAGAAAGCUGAAGAUAAUGCAAAUUCAAUAAAUAAUAAAAAUAUCAAAGAUCUUGGUGAAACGCAUAGCAUAAAAUGUAGGAAUGUAGGGAACACCAAGCCUCAAAUUGAUAGACAUGUCAAAAACCAUGCUAAUGCAAAUGAUAAUACUGGUGUUGGUAAUAUAAAAACCACCAAUAAAAAAAAUUCCAAAGAUAAUGAGCAAUGUAAACAAACUAACAAAAUUGUUAAAAAUGCAAGUGAUAUGAAACUGGCAAAUAACAAAAUUUUUAAAGAUAUUGGCAAUAUAACAACAGCAAAUAACACAAAUGUCAAAGAUAUUAAUGUACUGAAGCUUACAAAAUAUAAAAUUGUCAAAGAUGAUGGAAAACUGUUAAAUAGCAAAGAUGUCAGCAGGAAUCCCUUGAGUAACAAAAAAUAUGGAGACCUAGAUAAUAAGCAAAAUGUAAAUAAUAUAAAUAAGAUAGACGUUAACACAAUGGUUCAAGCUGCUCCCAGAAUGGAUACUCCUGUGAAAGUUUGUCCCGCCAUGAGGGCGAUGCUGAGCCGCAGCAGCCGCAUCGACGCCUUCUGGGACACGGACGACAGCGACCACGAGACCGCCGCGCGCCGACACGCGCCCCCCUCGCUACCUUAUCACCAUGCAGACUUGACGCAGAAUCAGGGAACCAAUCCCAAGCAAAGUGGCCCUGGCAGCCAGCAUGCUUCAUCGACGAAACUUACGAAAGCGAACAAAACUCUAGCAGUAAUUCCUGAAAAAAUGGUUAAAAAUAAUAAUGACACACCAAACACGUCACUAAAGACAAGAAGACGAAUAAACCUAUCAGGGUGGCUAGCCAAAUGGCACAACGCUCACGAAACGCUCACGAAACGAAGCGCUAGUAGAUAUCUAUCUCUAUCGCGCUUGCGUAUUGGCGCGACAGAGCCAGCGGCGUAUCUCUUUCGUUUGGCGUCGGAGAAAUGCCAUUCGGCUACGGGGCCAGACGCGUUAGAAUCUGCUAAUAAUUCAGACCUCAAAGAAAAUAUACCGAUUAAAACAAAAGUUCAAAAGAAACAAAAGACUGAAAAAAAAGUAACACAGGAUGAAAAUAAUAAGACUAAAGCAACCGAAACCACAAAGAGUAGAAAAAAAAAGGGAAAAGUUUAACAGAUGACUCUAAAAAUCGAGUAGAAACCCCAACAAGCCAAAGUAAAACUACUAAAGUACAAAAACCUGCUGAACAAAUGAAAAUUGAUAUUUGCAAAGUUUUGAGAUCACGCAACAUUGACCUGUCAUCUUCGUUUAAUUCUGACAAAUUUGAACUAACAAUGACUCGUGGAAGAAAAUCUCGAACGCCAAGCAAAAGAAUAUCUUUCAAUAAGUCGAAAAAUGUGCUGGUCAAUAACAAAAUCAGAAAUAGAGCAACCAAGUCGUGAGGUACACGAACAGUUAGGUAAUACUAGUGUUUUGUUUUAAUAAGGCGCUGCCUUUUUACGACCAUUGAAUGGAAAUUGUAGACUUGAAAUUGAUUAAAUUUCGUGUAUUUUUAGCAUCAGAAAGAACUUCGCUAGGGUUUACUUAUAUUAAAUAGUUUUGAAUAUUUAUUGCAAAUAACAUGAGUACAGAUGUAGUGGGAAAAGAUUUGCCUUCGAAUUGUUACGGAAACGUACGAACGUGUCAUGCUAUUUCAGUCAGUCUCAGUAUAAGAUGUACUGACAUCGACUGAACUAGCAUGACAAAUACGAAGGAAACCCUUUUCGCACUACAUAUGUAAUUCAGUCAGUACUAGUUAUUCUAAUGAUAUCAGUACUAAUUACUUAAAUCAAAAUUCGUGUAAAUAUAACCAUUGCUUAUAUUUGUACUGCAUUAGUUAGAUUAUUUGAUGUACAAGUUAUUUUCUGGAGACAAUAGGCAUGAAUUCGCGGUUCAAUGUUAUCAUAAAACAACCUUGUAUUGUAACAUAACAUAAUUCACAAUUUGUGAGUGUGUUUGACUCUUAUUUCUGAAGUCUAUUAUUAUUAUUAUUAGGAGCCUGCUGUGUCCCACUGCUGGGCAAAGGCCUCCCCCCUCUUUUUCCAUUCGUCUCUGUUAAGUGCUAUGUCUGACCAACCACUCAAAAAUGAGUCGAGGUUAUCUCGCCAUCGCCGAUGUGAAUGUGAUGUGUGUGUGUUGUGAUCUGAAGUCUAAGAUAACGAAAAGAUUUUCCGAGUAAUAUAUCUUUGGACUGAAGAGCAAAAUCAUAGUGGGAUAUUCCUUCAUCUUUCCGCGUUCUCUUGUAGUCUUUUUUGCUUUUCGGUUAAGUAAUAUACGUUAUGGUGGUCUCCUGGAUUGAAGUAUGAGCUAUUGUAUUUUAUUAAUUAUUAGAAAUAUGUUUUAACUAAGAUAUGCCAUUUUAUUUUAUUAAUAUUAUUUUGGAGUCUUUUUUGCUUUUCGGUUAAGUAAUAUACGUUAUGGUGGUCUCCUGGAUUGAAGUAUGAGCUAUUGUAUUUUAUUAAUUAUUAGAAAUAUGUUUUAACUAAGAUAUGCCAUUUUAUUUUAUUAAUAUUAUUUUGGAGUCUUUUUUGCUUUUCGGUUAAGUAAUAUACGUUAUGGUGGUCUCCUGGAUUGAAGUAUGAGCUAUUGUAUUUUAUUAAUUAUUAGAAAUAUGUUUUAACUAAGAUAUGCCAUUUUAUUUUAUUAAUAUUAUUUUGGGUUAAUUUAACGUAAAUCAUGUUAUAUGUAGGUAAUGCACCUGUCGAAACCGAGCGGAUAUUCGCAGCAUACGCUUCAAUGAUGCAUAUGAAACGGGAUGACAUAAAUAUAAGUAAUGUAAAACUGUUUUUAUUUAAAAUUAUGAUAUGUGUGUCGAUUAAAUAAUGUGUAAGCAUA